UCUAUAUAUGCAUGGAUGUGCAUGUUUCUGUGUGUCUAUGUGGCACCAUACAGGAGGGCAUGUGUGUGAUGGCAGCCUGGGGAGGGAUGUGCAUGAACGGCCUGUGUUUGCCUACGUCCGAUUGUCACAGUUGGAUUUUGAGCGCGAUGCUGCCAGCACGUGAGACCCACCACUAGUGUGUAUAGGUGCUUGAAGAACAGGCCAGGGUACCAGACAUCAGGGUGUUGUUGCUAUUGUCAAGGUUUUUGUGCUCAAACUCUAAAGGAGCUCCUCUUAAUGUCCACAUCUGCCUUUCAACAUUUUAUUUAGCUAAAUAUAAACCCCAGCAUGGUGCAGUUUGCUGAGACGUAUUGCAGUGAUUCCUCCGAGGUGGGCACGCUGCUGCUUCCUGUGUGUUUCUGAGGCCGUGCUGCAGCGCAGAGCUUUAUGUCGGGUGACCAGAACCAGUUAAAACCGGUUUGAGGCAGACGAAGGGCUGACGGGAACAAUGCCGCCUCUGUGCUACGCUAGAGCUAGCCGGGGCUACUCCAUGGCAGCACCUCAGCCCAGCGACAAGAGGCACAAACGCUGCUGCUGCUGGCUGGAUGUCGGGGGCUGUGCGCUGAGCUCCGCGGCAAAGGGAGCAGGGGGAUAUGGGAAGGGAAGAGGGCAGGGGGACAUGGCUGCCUGGGGGUCUGUAUCUGCAGCCUACACGUCCUGCUACACACACACACACACACAGAUGAACAUAUGAUCUGUCUGGUUUCAUGUCUCCGUGCUGCUAGUGGUGCAGAGUAACCCUAGAGGAUCCUCACCACGACCAUCACCACUCACCAGAUCCCUGGAUGUAACCUGACCCUGUAUUCUGGGCCUUUGCCUGGUUGGGAAAGAACAGGACCCCCCCCCCCCCCGGAAGGGUGGGGUGAAUGGAUUUCUGUGGGUUAGUAGUGUUGUGACUGUGUUUGUUGCAGGAUGGAAGGAAGGAAGGAAUGAAGGCUUGGCUAGUGGCUGGACAGGGACGAGGCGAGAGGGUAAACUCGUCAUCAGUAUAGGAGCAGAACCAUGGGAGAUAUGAAGACUCCAGAUUUUGAUGAUCUGCUGGCUGCCUUUGACAUCCCAGACAUGAUGGAUCCUAAAGUCACCAUUGGAUCUGACCACCACCAUGAUGGACAACUCAAACAACCCAGUGGUGGAGGGACUUUAAAUGAUGAGGAGACCCACAACAUCUCACUGGGACAAGAUGUGGGCGUUAGUGUCAUUGUCAAAAACAUUAGAAAUACAGACCCCAGAGAGCCUGGCGGAACCAUAUCAGAGAGGGAUGAGAAUUUCCAUCUGAACCAUCAAACACAUUCUGUGCCCACCAACAGAAAACCCCAUAAUGGACUCUUGCCCAGCAUACCACCUACUCGUUCCACCAAGACUGGACGAAAAGCUGCACAAGAGCAAGCACUGCCUACUAGCAAAACAUCGUCUACCUGCAAUCAGUUCAGCCCCAUCUCCAGCGCUGAAGAGUUUGAUGACGAUGAUAAAAAUGAGGUAGAGGACCUCAUGGACAAAGACGCUGGUCCAUUGUUUAGGUCCAUUGUUAAGAGGAAAGACCAAAUUUGUAAAUCAAUAGUAUCAGUGGAAAAAAUAUCAAAGUCUAAGGUAAACAGAGACCAAAAACCUGAUCAAAACAACAACAAUGGCACUGGUGUUUCCAAGUCUAAAAAAAGUCCUCGGUCAAAGUUACUAGUUGAGGAACUCAAGGCAACUGUCCUCAGGACUCAAGGUGAGGAGGAAAACAAGGUCAGGGUAAAAGCAAAGCCCUCUGCCAAACUGUCUUCUUGUAUAGCUGCCAUAGCAGCUCUGAGUGCCAAAAAGACCAGCACUGCAGACAUGGGGAUUUUGGAUCAACUGGCAACGCAGAAAGAAUCCAUCCAUACAAGUGAAAAUCACAGCACUGCAGAGAAAACACAGGAGCAGGGGUCAGGCCCAGAGUCUGCAAAAAGGCUGUCAACAAGACCACCAGAGAGCCCCUCAAGCGUCACCAGUGAGGGUAGCAGCAAAACCUCUGCCUCAAGCACAGACCAUGUCAUCCCAAAGGUCAGGAUCAAAACAAUCAAGACGUCAUCUGGGCAGAUCAAGCGUACAGUCACCCGUGUCCUCCCGGAGUUUGAUCUGGAGAGUCUACAAAAAGGAGACAGUAGCUUGUCCGGCAGUGCAAUUUUCUCAUCUCCUGCAAGGAUGUCUUUGCCAACCACUGUGGUAGCCACUACUGGAGGCCCUUCAAUUGAAAUAACAAAGCAAAUGACAAUUAAACCUGUGGCAACUGCUUUCCUGCCAAUCUCCGCCGUCAAAACAGCUGGUUCUCAAGUCAUCAACCUUAAGCUGGCCAACAAUACCACAGUCAAAGCAACAGUCAUCCCUGCUGCAUCAGUGCAAAGUGCCAGCAGCGCCAUCUUGAAAGCUGCUAAUGCCAUCCAGCAACAGGCUGUGGUGGUACCUGCUUGCAGCUUGACAAAUGCCAAACUUGUGCCAAAGACAGUCCAUCUGAGUAACAUCAAUCUUCUGCCUCAGACGGCCACCUCUGCUGCCUGUGACCUCCAACAGGCCCUGUGUUCCGCAAAACAGCUCCAACAAUCACGGCGUCAAGUAAAACAACAGACAAUUGUCACUGGCCAGGCCUCAAAGAAAGUCUCAAAGGUUCAAGUGUUCACUAGCUCGCAAAGUUCUGUGGUGGAUGCCUUCAAUAAAGUUCUGAGUAGCAUAAAUCCUGUCCCUCUUUACAUCCCUAACCUCUCUCCUCCAACCUCAGCCUGUAUCUCUCUACCAUCACGUGGCUACAAGUGCCUGGAGUGUGGAGAUUCAUUUGCUCUUGAGAAGAGUCUGACGCAGCACUACGACCGUCGAAGUGUGAGAAUUGAGGUUACUUGCAACCACUGUUCCAAAGGUCUAGUGUUCUACAACAAAUGCAGCCUGUUGUCUCAUGCCAGGGGCCACAAGGACAAGGGGGUGGUGAUGCAGUGCUCACAUCUAAUCCUAAAACCCAUUCCUGCAGAUCAGAUGAUAAGCGCAUCGCUGUUAUCAGGUCCACCUAGCCUCACCAAUGCCACCACCGCCUCUCAAACCCAGGCACCCACAAGUCAAAUUACAGGAAAGGUGGUUGGUGGCAGUUCCCAAGCUGCAGUGACUUCCGCUCCAUGCAGUGCCCCUCUUGUGGCAGCCAUGCCUUUAGAGGAUGAUGGCUCAAAGCUCUCCAGGCAUUGCCCAAAAUGCUCUGAGUGUGAUGAAAUGUUCCAGGAUGACAGCUCACUAGCCAUGCACUACCAAGAGGCACUAGAGUCCAGCGGGCAGAAAACGUGCACUAUUUGCCAAAUGCUCCUCCCAAACCAGUGCAGUUUUCUGUCACACCAGCGAAUCCACCAGCACAAGUCUCCUUACAUCUGCCCAGAAUGUGGCGCUAGCUGCCGAUCUGUCCAUUUCCAAUCACAUGUCACCAAGAACUGCCUGCAUUACACUCGCAGAGUUGGGUAUCGCUGUAUCCACUGUAGCGUGAUCUUCGCAGACCUUGCAACUCUGAAAUCGCACAUCCAAAGUACUCACUGUGAGGUCUUCUAUAAAUGUCCUCUCUGUCCUAUGGCCUUCAAGUCAGCGCCUGGAAUGCACUCUCAUGUGUACACUCAGCAUCCAGGAAUGAAAGCGGGAGAGCCCAAGAUGAUCUACAAAUGCUCCAUGUGUGACACUGUGUUCACUCUGCAGUCCCUGCUCUACACACACUUCGACCAACAUGUCACCAAUCAUAAUGUUUCAAUGUUCAAAUGUCCUGACUGCUCCAUGCACUACGCACAGAAACAGCUAAUGCUGGACCAUAUCAAGUCAAUGCAUGGAACCCUGAAGUCCACUGUGGGUCCACCCAACGUGGGGAGUAACCUUCCUCUCAGCACCAAGCCCACCAACUCUAACAAUAGUAACAGCAUCAGCACCGGCAAUAACAUCAAAGACAGAGGAAAUGCAAACAGUCAAGACAACAUAGAAAAGAAGCCUCCGCCAUCACUGCUAAAGAAAAGCAGCAGUAGCAGCUCAGAGGAUCUUAAGAAUGCUCCCAGCUCAGGUUAUACAUGUGGAGACUGCAACGGCCUCUUCAGCUCCAGGGAGACCUACGUGGCACACGUGCGGCGCGAACACGGCAAGAUACUGAAGAGGCACCCAUGUCGACAGUGUGACAAGUCCUUCAGUUCUACCCACAGUCUUUGUCGACACAACCGUCUCAAACACAAGGGGCUGCGCAAGGUCUACACCUGCCCGCACUGUCCACCUCUCAGUCAGCCAUUCACUAAACGAGUGCUGCUGGAUCAGCACAUUGAGCUGAUGCAUGGAGUCACACACCCAGAAGUGACUGGCCACGGUGAUCAAACAGAGGAUGAACCUGACAAGGAAACGAAUCCAAGACUGAAAAGAAAGGCUGAGGAGGAGGAGGGGUCUCCCACCCUGAACCCCAGGGGCUCAGACGCACAGCCUUUGAAGAGGCUCAAAGUGAACAUCCUCAAAGUUCACAAGUGUGCUGUCUGCGGCUUCACCACUGAGGAUAUCACUGCCUUCCACAAACACAUUCCCCAACACAGGACUGACGGCUCAUCCUACCAGUGUCAAGAGUGUGGCCUCUGCUACACAUCCCACCGCUCGCUGGCCAGACACCUCUUUAUUGUCCACAGACUCAAGGAACCACAAGGCCUCGCCCGAUAUAACGGGGGACGGGGGAAGGAUGAUGACGAGAGUCAAAGAGAGAACCAGAUGGACAUCACGGAUGAAAACGACGACGGGACACCAAGCACCAAGUGCAAAGUAUGCGGGAAGAUGUUUGAAACAGAGGGACAUCUAAACACUCACAUGAGGACGCAUGGGAUGGCAUUUAUAAAGUCAAAGCGACUGAACGCAGUAGAGAAGUGAAGACUUUUUGAUACCAAGCCUAUACAGUUUGCUAAACUGUUGUAGACAACUUACAGUAGCUGCAGUUAAGCUGUAGAUACCCAAUGUACAUACUACCAUACACACUAAGCUAUGUAAUACAUGUCACUUUACAGUAGGUCUUUAAGUAAAAGGAAGAAGAUAGCUUUUUGUACACAUAGAUGUUUCUAUAGUCCUUAAAUAGAUCUUUUUAUAGAAGAGUAUUUUAUUUUAAACUGGUUACAUUGUGUUCUCAUUAGAACUUGACAAUGUAUGGAUAUAUUAUUGUAUUUAUCCUCAUACUGUACAUUUAGCAGUAUUCAGAAUUUUCAGUGCUGCUAAUGUCCAAUGAAUGUCUGCUAGAUAGCAUAUUAAACGUAGCUUCAGGUUUCUCUCGUUUUUAGUUCAUUCUGUCUGCAGUUUUAACACAAGAGCUUAGUGGAAGUUGCAUCAGAACUUCUUUGCUUUAAUCGGUGACCUGAACCUGACCCCACUCAAACAAUAAAACUGCUUUUAAUACAACCUGAAACAAACAUGAAAAGAAUUUAGGACAAUCAGUCAGUUAACUCUAAUUUCAGCUAUCUUCAUACCAUGCUAGGCCACUGUAUGAAAGCAAGCUCAGUUUCAUGUUUACAACCUAUUUAAUCAUGUUGUACAACUUAUCAAUUACUACAUUUGAAUUAGCUUUUGAGAAACAUUUUGUAAGAUUAGGAAACUUCCCAUUUAGAUCCUAUAAAUACUGUAGCAGUUCUGUGAUUACAGGUUACUUAUUUUUAACUGAUUCAUUUGCAUAAAAGACUCAAUGUUCUCUUUCAACUGCCUAGUUUAUCUGAUAUUAGCUGUAAUAUCAGACGAACUAGGAAUUUCAAAUUAAAUACUUCUUUCCCUCCUUACUGUGAAAUCAUAAUGAAUGUGUACUGAAGUGAAAUGAUAAAACUAUCUAAAGAAAAACCUCUGUUUAUGUAACUGUGGCUGUGAAACGACAAUAUCUACAGUAUAACAUGUUUGAUUAAAUGACUUGUGAGAACAGCAUCUCCAUCUCAACAGUUUUUCAACAAUUCGCCCUUGCUCAGUUUCUACUCUGACAGUAACUGCAUGUAAGAAUCAGUCUGUGAAUAGUUUAUUAAUUAGGAUGUGUCCUGCUGCUGCUGCUGCUGUUGUUGUUGUCCUGCUGCUUGUCUCUUCUUCACUGUCAAUAAAUUAUGAAACCUG